AAACAAGACAAGGGAACGACUUCUCCGACUGUUCUAUAUAUACAUGUGCCACCCCCACCCACACAUCUCAUCCAUCCAUCCUCCUCCACAGACGUAUAAACACACAUCGGUUAUAGAGAGAGAGAGAGAGAGAGAGAGAGAGAGAGAGAGAGAGAGAGAGAGAGAGAGAGAUGUUUGGGCAGGUGUCGCACGAGACUGAAGUGAAGGUGGGAGCAGGCAAAGUAUGGGAGCUGUAUGGCUCCAUCAAGCUGGCCCUGCUGGCCAAGGAGGCCCUCUCUCACACCAUCCUCCAACUCGACAUCGAGGAAGGUGAUGGCGCCCUCGGCACCAUCAUCAAGCUCACUUUGGCCGGAGGUUUCUGCUAUAAGGAGAAGUUCACCAAGGUGGACCACGAAAGCCGUGUGAAAGAAACCGAGGCGGUCGAAGGCGGGUUCCUGGACAUGGGACUUACACUGUAUCGAGUGCGCUUCGAAGUGAUCGGCAAGGACAAUGAGGAGUCGUGCAUGAUCAAGUCCACCGUGGAGUAUGAAGUCGUCGACGGGGCAUCCUUUGACGUCUCCCUCAUCUCGGUGAAGCUGUUUGCGGAUCUCGCAGAAGCUGCCAAGAAGCAACUCACCACCCCGACCGGCACCAACUGAGCAUCCACAACAAAAACCUUAUCUAUUCGGUGGUUGGUUGAACCGAAAA